AUGGCAAAUAUAAGAGAUUUUGAAUUUGGUGAACCAAUUGGAUGUGAUGGAAGUGAAGAUGAUGAGUUUGCGGACUCUUAUAAUGCUACUGCAAGUGCAAAGACAAAGUGUGGGACUAAAAAAGGACCAAUGGACAAAUUUUCCAUUGGUCAAUAUGAGCCACAUUUGCCCAUUCCUAGCUAUCAUGACAUUAGAGUUCCACUCCUGAAGAAGGAAGUUGAAUAUACUGAAAAUUUGAUAAAAGGCCACAGGGAGCAAUGGGUCAAGUAUGGUUGUACUAUUAUGUUCGAUGCAUGGACUGAUCGGAAACAAAGAUGCAUCAUUAAUUUUUUGAUUAACUCUCAAGUUGGUACCAUGUUUUUGAAGUCUGUUGAUGGCUUUGAUUUUUUAAAGAUGGGUGAAAAGAUUUUUGAGUUGUUUGAUGCCACUGUGGAGGAAGUUGGAGAAGAGAAUGUUGUUCAAGUUGUAACCGAUAAUGGGAGCAACUAUGUUUUAGCGGAUAUUGGGAAGCUUCCCUUGAUAAGGAAGACAAUUAGAAGGGCAAUUAAUCUAGUUGGGUUUAUCUAUGCCUAUUCUAGUACCUUAAGUUUGUUGAGAAAUUUUACACACAAGAGAGAAUUGGUGAGACAUGCUAUUACUAGAUUUGCCACUUCUUAUCUAACCUUAGAAAGGCUCCACAAAGAGAAAGCCAAUAUUAGAAAGAUGUUUACUUCUGAUGAAUGGACCUUGAACAAGCUAUAUAAGGAGCUUAAGGGAAAAGAAGCUGCAAAGGUAGUGCUCAUGCCUUUAUUUUGGAAUAGUGUGGUUUACACUCUUAAAGUCAUGGCUCCACUUGUGAAAGUGCUUCAUCUUGUGGAUGGUGAAAGGAAACUAGCCAUAGGCUAUAUUUAUGAAGCAAUGGAAAAGGCAAAAGAAACAAUUAUCAAGUCUUUCAACAACAAUGAAAGCAAGUACAAAGAUGUGUUUGCAAUCAUUGAUAAAAGAUGGAAUUGUCAGCUUCAUAGACCAUUGCAUGCAGCUGCCCACUUCUUAAAUCUAGAGUACUUUUAUGACAACACUGACUUGGAGUUUGAUUUUGAGGUCACCAAUGGUUUGUUUGAGUGCAUUAAGAAGUUUGAUUUAGAGGGCUUAAUGGAAUUUUAA